AUGCCACAGAGGGGUCAUCGUUUAAUUAAUCUGGAAGAUCCCGAAGAGUUCGUUAAUGAUUUUGAUUGGUCGAAUAGUGACUGUGAAACUGAUUUCUCUGGCGACGACAGCAUCGCUGAUCCAAAUGUCAUCAUUCCGCCGAUUCGAAGUAAUUUGGUUCUAUUUGAUUCUAUUGAAGAAGAUCCAGAAUGCCAUAAUCAACCAGAUGAGCCGGAGCCGGAGUUCUUGGCGCAAUUGACCAACUUUUCAGUGCCGCAAGGGCGCGAUGUCUCAUUCACGUGCGUGGUCAACAACUUGGGCCAGUAUCGGGUUGCAUGGAUUAAAUCCGACUCGAAAGCAAUACUCGGUAUUCACACCCAUAUGGUGUCACUUAAUCCCAGAUUAUCAGUGACACACAAUGGUCACAACACCUGGAAACUUCACAUAUCCCACGUACAACUCAACGAUUCGGGCAGCUACAUGUGCCAGGUGAACACAGAUCCCAUGAAGAGUCUGUCUGGCUAUUUGGAUGUUGUAGUGCCGCCGGAUAUUCUAAAUCACCCGGAACAAAACCUCGAGGAGGGCAUCAGCAAUGAAGGUGGCACAAUUGUGCUCAUCUGUAGUGCCACAGGCGUCCCAGAACCGACAGUGCAAUGGCGACGUGAGGGCGCCAAAGAUAUAGUCCUGCGAACGGAGACAAGAGAGAAACAAGUGGUCAAAACAGUAGAGGGGGAGCGGCUCGUGCUGACGAAUGUGCAUCGCACUGAUAUGGGCGGCUAUUUGUGUAUUGCCUCUAAUGGUGUACCGCCGUCCGUGAGUAAGCGCUUCGACGUGCAUAUCAAUUUUCCACCGUCAAUUAAGGCUGUCAAUCAGCUGUUGGGCGCCCCGGUUGAACGUGAAGUCACACUCGAAUGCAUUGUAGAAGUGUUUCCGAAACCGCUCAAUGGCUGGUAUCGCAAUGAAGGUAACUUAAAGCUGCAUAGUAGCAACAAGUACAACAUAUCGGAGGCCAUGAUUAACUUGUACACGUGGCAUCUCAACCUGACAAUACGUCAUCUGACAAAAGCCGACUUUGGCGCCUACACUUGUUCCAGCGUCAAUGCGUUGGGCAAAAGUGAAGCGCGAAUACGACUACAAGAACUGCGUUUACCGCCCAAACCGACAACAACGCCAACACCUUACGUGUACACCACACCGAAGCCGCGUCGCAAACCGCCAACGAACCACCAGAACAAAGGACUCAACGAAGUGGUGCGCGCGAAGGAGACCCAUCACGUCACAAAUCAAAUGCAGGAAAAUGACAUCUACGCCGGUCUGAGUGGCACCGGCGGUGCCUUCUUUGGCAGUGCCAACACGCUCAGCAGCAAUGGAGCGCUGGGCGAUGCUACAGGCGUUGCCCUAGGUAACGGUAAUGCGAAUAGCAACAGCAACAACAAUGGUAAUGGGAACGGCAACGGCAACAUGAACAGUUUGAAUAGCGGCCUGACAAACGGAGCGGAAGGUAAGUUCAAAAAAUUUGUUAUUUGUUGUAAUGCAGCAAUACUUACAUUCAAAUGUACAUAUGUUAUGUACUUACCGUUAGCGGGUGGAGGAUGCAGGCUCUUGGACACAUGCCGAAUGUAAGUGGCCCAGUAAACAAGAGAGCAACUGCGAAGUGAGCGUCAAGUCAAGCGUUGAACUGCUAAAAUGCACACCAAUCGGUGCAGGUUUGUAAC